UCACCUUCUACCAGUCAGCAGCUGUCGCCGACACCGCCUCGCUAUCCACCUGUGCCCGCAUCGGCCCACUGCAUUGUCUUAAGACGCCAAUCUCAUCUCAUUGAAUCCCUCGUACUCAUUUGUACAGUAGCACUGAACAUCACGUACAUUCACUGAGAUCAUACAACAUUACAAACACUGAAUGGCCAAAGAACAUUCAACACCAAUAACAAACAUCAGCAACUCAUUCAACACAAUUAGUCAUCAGUAGUCAAAGAAUAUUUAAUUUUCCACGGCUUUAGAGCUUCCAUUUCAUACAACAAUCAUACUACUUCACAUUAUUCCAGAGACUCUACUCCGGUCUCAUUCUCAUUAAUAGCCACUUCACUUCUUCCUUCUAUUACUACUCACAAUGGGCUGUGGUGCUUCGAAAGAACCUAUUCCAGAAGCCUCAGCUGGAAACACCAACGCCAGGCGCAAUUCCCAGAGACAGGCUCUAGCAAACGGUACUAAACAAACGUCUAAUGCCAACAACAAUACCAACAAUAACAGUUCGUCCACAGAAUCUUCAAAUGUCGUAGAGAAACGUGCCAAUGGCUCGGCUUCAACGGCUGCUUCAACUGCCAUUAAUCCCGUAGACGCGGCUACGCAAUCCGAUCCCAAUAAGGAAGUGAAGAUCUUAUUGCUCGGCUCAGGUGAGAGUGGAAAAUCUACCAUCGUCAAGCAGAUGAAGAUUUUGCACCAGAAUGGCUAUACCAAAGAAGAACUGUAUGAAUUCAAGCCUUUUGUUUACAAGAAUAUCUUGGACUGUAUCAAGAACGUCAUCAACGCCAUCAUCGACUUGCAACCAGAUUUGAUCAACAAAAGUGGCCAUUUAGAAAGCGCAAAUGGCACAAUCGAAGAGGAUAAAGACAGCUUAGAAGAAUUUAAAGGUCAAGACUUGGAAAAAGAUAAGGACAGAAAACAUAUUCUAGAUUACGAUGAUUUGAAUGAAGUGUUGGACUACGAGUUCUCCAUCGAUUCAGAGCAAGUUUUCAACCCGGUCAUUGCGCAAAAGAUUAAAACCAUAUAUAACACUCCAGAAGUCAAGAAUUUCAUGAAAUUCCAACAAGCCAACUUCUACCUCAUCGAUUCUACCCACUACUUCUUGUCAGAUGUCGACAGAAUCACAUCACCAGAUUACGUGCCCUCAGUAAGUGACAUCUUGAGAACUCGUAAAAAGACUUCUGGUAUCUUUGAUUUUACGUUCCAGAUGAGUGGAGGCUUAAAUAUCCACAUGUACGAUGUAGGUGGACAGAGAUCUGAAAGAAAAAAGUGGAUCCAUUGCUUCGACAAUGUUACCUUGAUCAUUUUCUGUGUAGCAUUAUCGGAAUACGAUCAAGUACUACUUGAAGAAAAUUCUCAGAACCGCUUAGAAGAAUCUUUAGCGUUGUUUGAUUCAGUCGUUAAUUCUAGAUGGUUCUCCAGAACUUCCAUCGUAUUGUUCUUGAACAAAAUCGAUGUCUUUGCCGAAAAAUUGGCAUACUCUCCUUUAGAGAAACAAUUCCCGGACUACACCGGAGGUAACAAUAUCAACAAAGCUGCCAAGUACAUUUUGUGGAGAUUUACCCAGGUGAAUAGAUCCGGUUUAAACAUUUACCCCCACGUUACACAAGCUACAGACACUUCAAACAUCCAGUUAGUUAUGGCUGCUGUCAAGGAAACGCUCUUGGAGAACUCCUUGAGAGAUACUGGUAUCUUGAACAAUUGAAGCUCCUAUUUAUUAAACUGUCAUAUUUCCAUGACAUUACUUUUAAUAUUUGUAUGUAUUCUUGGAUAAAAGUGAUUCAUGAU